AGGGAGGGGAGGGAGAGAGAACGGCGUGCGAUGAGCAGCUCUGACCUCAGCCCCUCCGCUGCCGCCAGAGCUCAGCAUCUGGAUCCCAUUUGCAGCGGCCAGCCCCCGCCGGUCCCGCGCCAGCCGCCUCCCCCGGCCCCGCUCAGAGCCGCGGCGGCCGCCUGCCGGGGACCAGCGCACCCCGAGCGGCCCUCCGAGGAAGGCGAAGCGAAGCGGGGACGCUGAGCGGCACCGGCGCGGCCAGAGAAAGGUGCUUCGGAGAGGGAGAAUCCCAGGAAAAGUGACGUAUUUCGGGGGUUCACUCAGGGGUCUCACAUCAGGUGCUUUGAAACAAGGAGAAUAAGAAGGAAAACUAAAACAAAAGACCAGGAUGAGAAAGCAUCGACAUUUGCCCCUUGUGGCAAUACUUGGCCUCCUGCUCUCAGGCUUUUGCUCAGUUGGUGCCCAGCAGCAAGCAGCUGUCAGAAACGUUGCCGUGGCUGAUAUAAUAUUUCUAGUGGAUUCCUCUUGGAGCAUUGGGAAGGAGCAUUUCCAACUCGUUCGAGAGUUUCUGUAUGAUGUUGUAAAGGCUUUAGAUGUGGGAGGAAAUGAUUUCCGUUUUGCACUGGUCCAGUUCAGCGGAAACCCACACACAGAGUUCCAGUUAAACACGUACCCCUCUAACCAAGAUGUGCUCUCCCAUAUCGCAAAUAUGCCUUACAUGGGGGGAGGCACCAAGACUGGAAAAGGAUUAGAGUACCUAAUCGAGAACCAUCUCACUAAAGCUGCUGGAAGCAGAGCGAGUGAAGGCGUCCCCCAGGUUAUUAUAGUGUUAACGGACGGACAAUCCCAGGAUGAUGUGGCUCUGCCAUCAUCUGUCCUUAAAUCGGCCCAUGUAAACAUGAUUGCGGUCGGCGUGCAGGAUGCGGUGGAAGGGGAGUUAAAGGAAAUAGCGAGCGAACCCUUCGAUACCCACCUUUUCAACCUAGAGAAUUUUACCGCUCUCCAUGGCAUAGUUGGAGACUUAGUGGCAAGUGUCCGUAACUCCAUGACUCCAGAAAAGGCUGGAGCCAAAGGACUGGUUAAAGACAUCACAGCUCAAGAGUCUGCUGACCUUAUUUUCCUUAUUGACGGAUCAAACAACAUCGGAAGUGUCAAUUUUCAAGCCAUACGUGAUUUCCUUGUAAAUUUGAUUGAAAGCCUCAGAGUUGGAGCUCAGCAAAUACACAUUGGGGUGGUGCAGUAUAGUGAUCAACCCAGAACUGAGUUCGCUUUGAACAGCUACUCCACAAAAGCAGAUGUUCUGGAUGCUGUGAAGGCACUUAGUUUCCUUGGUGGCCAGGAAGCUAACACUGGUGCAGCACUGGAGUAUGUGGUGGAGAACCUCUUCACCCAGGCAGGAGGCAGCAGGAUAGAGGAAGCGGUGCCUCAGAUCUUAGUGCUGAUAAGUGGUGGAGAGUCUAGCGAUGAUAUCCGAGAGGGCUUGUUAGCGGUGAAGCAAGCUAGUAUAUUUUCAUUUAGCAUUGGGGUCCUGAAUGCUGACAGUGCAGAGCUGCAGCAGAUUGCUACUGAUGGAAGCUUCGCAUUUACUGCCCUGGAUAUCCGUAACCUUGCUGCUCUUCGAGAAUUAUUACUGCCCAACAUUGUUGGAGUGGCCCAAAGGCUCAUUUUGUUAGAGGCCCCAACCAUUGUGACUGAAGUUAUUGAAGUGAACAAGAAGGAUAUAGUCUUCCUGAUAGAUGGCUCAACAGCUUUGGGGACUGGCCCCUUUAACUCAAUUCGUGAUUUCGUUGCCAAAAUCGUCCAAAGGCUGGAGGUUGGACCUGACCUGAUCCAAGUCGCGGUGGCUCAGUAUGCAGACACUGUGAAACCAGAGUUUUACUUUAACACCCAUCAGAACAGAAAGGAUGUGAUGGCUAAUGUGAAGAAAAUGAAGCUCAUGGGUGGCACAGCCCUUAACACUGGCUCGGCACUGGACUUUGUGAGGAACAACUUCUUCACCAGUGCUGCCGGGUGUAGAAUGGAGGAAGGGGUGCUCCCCAUGCUGGUACUCAUCACUGGUGGUAAGUCCAUGGAUGCCGUUGAGCAAGCUGCAGCAGAGAUGAAAAGGAACCGGAUAGUGAUCCUUGCCGUUGGGUCAAGAAAUGCUGACCUGGCAGAACUUCAAGAAAUUGCUCAUGAGAGAGAUUUUGUGUUCAACCCAAAUGACUUCCGCCUUCAGUUCAUGCAAGCCAUUCUUCCUGAAGUGCUGUCACCCAUCCGGACACUCUCCGGAGGAAUGAUUGUCCCAGAACCACCAUCAGUUCAAGUAACCAAAAGGGAUAUCAUCUUUCUUUUGGAUGGAUCACUCAACGUUGGAAAUGCCAACUUCCCCUUUGUGCGGGACUUUGUUGUGACCUUAGUUAACUACCUUGAUGUCGGAGCUGACAAAACCCGAGUUGGCUUAGUGCAAUUUAGCGACACUCCUAAAACUGAGUUCUCCCUAUACUCAUACCAAACCAAAUCAGACAUUAUUCAACGUUUGGGGCAGCUGAGGCCCAAGGGUGGGUCAGUGCUGAACACUGGCUCUGCACUGAACUUUGUGCUUUCGAAUCACUUCACUGAAGCUGGUGGGAGCAGAAUAAAUGAACAAGUGCCACAGGUCCUAGUCCUGGUGACGGCAGGGAGGUCUGCCGAUCCCUUCCUGCAAGUUUCCAAUGACUUAGCUCGGGCCGGAGUGCUGACUUUUGCUGUUGGAGUUAGGAAUGCGGAUAAGGCAGAACUUGAACAGAUUGCGUUUAAUCCAAGAAUGGUAUAUUUUAUGGAUGAUUUCAGUGAUCUGACAGCAUUACCUCAGGAGUUAAAUAAGCCUAUAACAACAUAUGUUAGUGGAGGUGUGGAGGAGGUUCCACUCGCCCCAACAGAAAGCAAGAAAGAUAUUUUAUUCCUGAUUGAUGGUUCAGCCAACCUCUUGGGUAGCUUUCCUGCUGUUCGGGACUUUGUACACAAAGUCAUUUCUGAACUGAACGUGGGUCCUGAUGCCACACGAAUAGCUGUGGCUCAGUUCAGUGACAACAUCCAAGUUGAAUUUGACUUUGCUGAACUCCCUUCUAAGCAAGACAUGCUUCUGAAAGUGAAAAGGAUGAGGUUAAAAACUGGGAAGCAACUGAACAUCGGAGUUGCACUCAAUGAGGCCAUGAGGAGACUGUUUGUGAAGGAAGCUGGAAGCAGGAUUGAAGAAGGCAUUCCGCAGUUCUUGGUCCUCCUCGCUGCUGGGAGAUCCACUGAUGAGGUGGAGCAACCAUCAGGAGCUCUGAAGGAAGCUGGAGUUGUGACCUUUGCUAUCAGAGCCAAAAAUGCUGAUCUCUCAGAGCUGGAAAGGAUAGCUUAUGCCCCGCAGUUCAUUCUGAAUGUCGAAUCCCUUCCUCGGAUUUCAGAGCUCCAGGCAAACAUAGCGAGCCUGUUGAAAACUAUCCAGCUUCAGCCAACAGUAGUAGAGAGAGGUGAGAAGAAGGAUGUGGUGUUUCUAAUUGAUGGCUCGGAUGGUGUCAGAAGAGGUUUCCCUCUCCUGAAGACCUUUGUCGAAAGAGUUGUCGAAAGCCUUGAUAUUGGCCGUGACAAGGUCCGUGUUGCCAUUGUGCAGUACAGCAACGUCAUACAACCUGAGUUCUUACUGGAUGCCUACGAAGACAAAGCCGAUUUAGUCAGGGCUAUCCAGGCACUGACAAUUAUGGGAGGAUCUCCUCUGAACACUGGAGCAGCCCUCGACUAUCUCAUCAAGAACGUGUUCACGGUGUCAAGUGGCAGCAGGAUAGCUGAGGGCGUCCCACAGUUCCUGAUCCUGCUCACUGCUGACCGAUCCCAGGAUGAUGUGAGGAGGCCCUCAGUGGUCCUCAAGACGAGUGGGACAGUGCCCUUUGGCAUCGGGAUUGGAAAUGCCGACCUCACAGAACUUCAGACAAUUUCCUUCCUCCCAGAUUUUGCUAUCUCUGUACCUGAUUUCAGCCAGCUGGAUUCAGUGCAACAGGCCGUCUCCAACAGAGUCAUCCGGCUGACCAAGAAAGAAAUAGAGUCACUUGCCCCUGAUCUGGUUUUUACAUCACCCAGCCCAGUGGGUGUGAAGAGGGAUGUCGUCUUCCUGGUUGAUGGCUCCCGCUACGCCGCCCAGGAGUUCUACCUCAUCCGUGAUCUCAUCGAGAGGAUAGUGAACAAUCUGGAUGUGGGCUUUGACACUACCCGGGUUUCAGUGGUCCAGUUCAGCGAGCAUCCCCACGUGGAGUUCCUACUCAAUGCUCACUCCACCAAGGAUGAGGUGCAAGGUGCAGUGAGGCGGCUGCGCCCGCGGGGUGGCCAGCAGGUGAAUGUGGGGGAAGCCCUUGAAUUUGUGGCAAAAACCAUCUUCACUCGUCCCUCUGGGAGCCGCAUUGAAGAGGGUGUCCCUCAGUUUUUGGUUAUCCUCUCCUCCCGCAAGUCUGACGAUGACUUAGAAUUCCCAUCAGUGCAAGUCAAACAAGUAGGAGUGGCACCUCUGGUCAUCGCGAAGAACAUGGAUCCUGAGGAGAUGGUGCAGAUUUCCCUUAGCCCUGACUAUGUGUUCCAAGUCUCCAGCUUCCAGGAACUGCCCAGCCUCGAACAGAAGCUGCUGGCUCCUAUUGAAACCCUGAGUGCGGACCAAAUCAGACAACUCCUGGGAGAUGUGACAGUUCCAGAUGUUUCUGGUGAGGAAAAGGACAUUGUCUUCCUCAUCGAUAGCUCCGAUAGCGUUAGGACUGAUGGGCUUGCUCACAUUCGGGAUUUCAUCAGCAGAAUUGUUCAGCAGCUCGACGUUGGGCCAAACAAAGUGCGAAUUGGAGUGGUGCAAUUCAGCAACAAUGUCUUCCCUGAGUUCUACUUGAAAACCCACAAAUCUAAAAAUGCUGUGCUGCAAGCCAUCCGCCGCUUGCGGCUUAGAGGAGGGUACCCUCUGAAUGCUGGCAAAGCCCUGGACUACGUGGUGAAGAACUACUUCAUCAAGUCUGCAGGGAGCAGGAUAGAAGACAGAGUGCCCCAGCAUCUAGUCGUCAUCCUCGGAGAUCAGUCCCAGGAUGACGUCAACAGGCCUGCUAAUGUGAUCUCUUCAACAAUUAUUCAACCCCUGGGUGUAGGAGCCAGGAAUGUAGACAGGAACCAGCUGCAGGUCAUUACCAAUGAUCCUAGCCGCGUGCUUGUAGUACAGGACUUCACAGGACUGCCCACUUUAGAAAGAAAUGUGCAGAACAUUCUUGAAGAGCUUCCAGUACCUACAACAGAAAGCCCUCUCUCACCAGUACCUGGAGGCAAAAAGCAGGCUGACAUUGUGUUUUUGCUGGAUGGCUCCAUCAAUCUGGGAAGAGAUAAUUUCCAAGAAGUUCUCCAGUUUGUGUAUUCUAUAGUGGAUGCCAUCUAUGAGGAUGGUGACUCCAUCCAGGUAGGACUGGCACAGUACAACUCAGAUGUCACUGAUGAGUUUUUCCUCAAGGAUUACUCCAGCAAACCUCAGAUUUUAGACGCCAUCAACAAAGUGAUCUACAAAGGUGGCCGAGUGGCAAACACUGGUGCAGCCAUCAAGCACCUCCAGGCAAAACACUUUGUAAAGGAGGCCGGCAGCCGAAUUGACCAGAGAGUACCUCAGAUUGCCUUCAUCAUCACGGGGGGGAAAUCCUCAGAUGAUGGGCAGGGUGCCUCCUUGGAAAUUGCACAGAAAGGCGUCAAAGUGUUUGCAGUUGGAGUGAGGAACAUCGACUUAGAAGAGGUCAGCAAGUUGGCCAGCGAGAGUGCCACAAGCUUCAGAGUGUCAACAGCUCAGGAGUUGUCCGAACUGAAUGAGCAGGUCUUGGUCACAUUGGCAGCUGCUAUGGAGGAGAAACUGUGCCCAGGAAUGACAGAUGUGAUGAGAGACUGCGACUUAGACGUGAUACUUGGCUUCGAUGUGACAGACGUUGGAGCUGGCCAAAACAUCUUCAAUUCCCAGAGAGGGCUGGAGUCCAGGGUCGAGGCUGUGCUGAACAGAAUAACACAGAUGCAGAAGAUCAGCUGUACCGGCAGCCGGGCACCCAACGUCAGGGUGGCCAUCAUGGCCCAGGCCCAGGGGGGACCUGUAGAGGGAUUGGACUUUUCUGAGUACCAGCCUGAACUCUUCGAGAGAUUCCAAGGCAUGCGCACCCGUGGGCCCUAUUUUCUCACAGCUGAGACACUGAAAUCCUACCAGAACAAAUUCAGAUCAGCGCCCUCUGGUAGCACCAAGGUGGUAAUCCAUUUUACAGAUGGUACAGAUGACUCCUUGGAUCAGAUGAAGGCUGCCUCGGCUGAUUUGCGUAGACAAGGUGUCAACGCUCUCCUCUUCGUUGGCCUGGAUCGAGUGAAAAACUUUGAGGAAGUGAUGCAGCUGGAGUUCGGGCGGGGUUUCACCUACAACAGACCGCUGAGAGUUAACCUCCUGGACCUGGAUUUCGAGUUGGCAGAGCAGCUUGAUAACAUUGCAGAAAGGACAUGCUGUGGGGUCCAUUGCAAGUGCUCAGGGCAGAGAGGGGACAGAGGUCUUCCUGGGCCCAUAGGACCAAAGGGUGCUACAGGUGACAUUGGCUAUGGAGGCUAUCCUGGCGAUGAAGGAGGACCAGGUGAGCGUGGACCACCAGGAGUGAACGGAACGCAGGGUUUCCAGGGAUGCCCUGGGCACAGAGGAACCAAGGGUUCUCGGGGAUUCCCAGGAGAGAAGGGUGAACUGGGAGAAAUGGGUCUGGAUGGCAUUGAUGGAGAAGAGGGAGACAAAGGCUUGCCUGGCUCCUCUGGAGAGAAGGGGUUCUCUGGCAGGAGGGGUAAUAAAGGAGCCAAAGGUGAACGAGGAGAGCGAGGUGACCGUGGGCUCCGUGGAGACCCGGGAGAUUCAGGAGCAGAUAAUACUCAGCGGGGAACCCGAGGCCAAAAGGGUGAAAUUGGACAAAUGGGAGAGCCUGGACCUGCAGGGCAGAGAGGCCCAGACGGAGGAGUCGGGAGACAGGGCAUGGCAGGACGAAGGGGGACAAUAGGAGUCAAGGGCACCAAGGGCGCACUUGGCCAGGCGGGGCCAGCUGGAGAACAAGGCAUGAGAGGACCACAGGGCCCACCUGGCCAGAUCGGCACUCCAGGCAUCAGGGGAGAGCAAGGUGUCCCUGGGCCCAGGGCUGGGGGUGGGCAACCAGGACCCCCAGGAGAGAGGGGUAGGAUCGGCCCGCUGGGACGAAAGGGCGAGCCUGGAAAUCCUGGACCCAGGGGACCGAAUGGACAGCAAGGUCCACGAGGAGAGAUGGGUGAUGAUGGACGAGAUGGAAUUGGUGGUCCAGGUCCUAAAGGCAGAAAGGGAGAACGUGGCUUCGUAGGCUUCCCAGGACCCAAGGGUGGGCCAGGCGACCGUGGUGGUGCUGGAGGACCCGGACCUAAAGGAAACAGAGGCCGCAGAGGAAAUGCUGGAAAUCCUGGGACACCUGGUCAGAAAGGAGAGAUUGGAUACCCUGGACCAUCUGGACCUAAAGGUGAAAAAGGACAAUCCAUCAGUCAAUGUGCUCUUGUGCAGAACAUCAAAGACAAAUGCCCUUGCUGCUAUGGUCCCAAGGAGUGCCCUGUCUUCCCAACCGAGCUGGCCUUCGCUAUUGACACCUCCUCGGGUGUUGGGAGGGAUGUUUUCAACAGGAUGAAGCAAACCGUGCUCAGAGUGGUCAGCAACUUAACCAUUGCUGAGAGCAACUGCCCUCGGGGUGCCCGCGUGGCCCUGGUCACCUACAACAAUGAAGUCACCACGGAGAUCCGCUUUGCUGAUGCCAGGAAGAAAUCAAGCCUUCUCCAGCAGAUCCAAAACUUCCAGGCAACCCUGACCACAAAGCCACGCAGCCUGGAGACUGCCAUGUCCUUUGUGGCCAGGAACACCUUCAAGCGUGCCCGAAGUGGGUUCCUCAUGAGGAAGGUGGCCGUCUUUUUCAGCAAUGGGGAGACGAGAGCCUCCCCGCAGCUCAAUGAUGCCGUGCUGAAGCUCUAUGAUGCUGGGGUCAUUCCUGUGUUCCUCACCAGCAGGCAGGAUGCAGUUCUUGAAAGAGCUCUAGAGAUCAACAACACAGCAGUUGGACAUGCGAUCGUUCUUCCAGCCAGCGGCAGCCAGCUGAACGACACUAUCCGGAGGCUCCUGACUUGUCACAUUUGUCUGGAUGUGUGUGAACCUGAUCCUAUCUGUGGUUAUGGUAGUCAAAGACCUGUAUUCAGAGACAGAAGGGCAGCCCCAACAGAUGUAGACACUGACAUAGCCUUCAUCAUGGAUAGCUCGGAGUCCACCACACCUCUGCAGUUCAAUGAGAUGAAGAAGUACAUUUCCCACCUCAUAAGUAACAUGGAAGUCAGCUCUGAGCCAAAAAUAUCUCAGCACCACGCAAGAGUGGCAGUUCUCCAGCAAGCUCCUUAUGAACAUGAAACCAACUCAAGUUUCCCACCAGUGAAAACAGAGUUUUCACUAACUGAUUAUGGAUCCAAAGAGAAGAUCAUUAAUUACUUACACAACCAAAUGACCCAGCUCUACGGCACAAUGGCUAUGGGAAGUGCAGUUGAACACACAGUGGCUCAUAUUUUUGAAAGUGCACCAAACCCUCGGGAUCUCAAAGUCAUAGUUCUCAUGAUAACUGGAAAAAUGGAAAAACAAGAACUUGAGUACUUGCAGGAGGCUGUAAUUGAUGCAAAAUGCAAAGGAUACUUGUUCGUUAUCUUGGGCAUCGGCAAGAAUGUGGAUGUCAAGAAUAUCUAUAGCCUAGCUAGUGAGCCAAAUGAUGUGUUCUUCAAAUUGGUCUCUAAACCCGGAGAGCUUCAUGAAGAACCCUUACUACGCUUUGGGAGACUGCUGCCAUCUUUUAUCAGAAGUGACUUUGCUUUCUACCUGUCUCCAGAAAUAAGGAAACAGUGCAAGUGGCUCCAGGGAGAUCAAACACCCAAGAGCCCUGGGCAUACUGGACAAAAAGCAGUAUAUAUGGCCCCCAACGCAACCGUAACCCGAACCAUAAGCACCACCACCACGCUACGCACCACCAUCAAGCCUGCUGCAAGCACCAGUGCCCAUGCCAGGACCACCACUGCCAGCACCACGGCCCAGACCAGAGCCGCAGAGAGGCCCACAGAGAGCACUACUGUCCACGUGAAUGCCACUGUACAGAGCCAAGGAAGCACCGCUGCCAACACCAAAGCCACCAGCCGCACCACAGCAAGCACCACAGCUGCAGCAGCGAGCGGCAGGAGAAGACAAGGUGCAAAGAUGAAUGACAUCCAGAUCACUGAUGUCACCGAGAACAGUGCCAGGCUGCGCUGGGCCAGCCCUGAGCCACACAGCGCCUACGUAUUUGAUCUCACCAUCACCUUAGCACACGACCACUCUCUUGUGCUGAAGCAAAAUGUAACUGGUACCGAACGUGUCAUUGGGGGGCUCAGAAGUGGACAGAAAUACCUCAUCUUCAUUACCGGCUACCUGAAAUCCCAACCCAAAGUAACCUACACGGGGACAUUCAGCACAAAGACCCCGGCACAGCCCAAGGUGGCCCUGGCCAACAUGAUGCUGAAUGCUGAGCCACUGGAAGGGCCUGAAAAUGAUUUGGCAGACCCUUGCUUGCUGGACUUUGACAUGGGCAUGCAGUGCAAGGACUAUCAGGUUGUGUGGUUCUUUGACUACAAACACAAGAUCUGCAGCCAGGGUUGGUAUGGUGGCUGUGGUGGUAAUGCCAAUAGAUUUGAGACUGAAGCUGAGUGCAAUAGCAAAUGCUUGAAACCAUCAGCAGCUGAGAAAACCAUGCAGCAGCCACCCCUUGAGAAAAGAUUAUCGCCAGUCAUGGACAUCUGCCUGCUGCAGAAAGAGGAGGGGACCUGCAGGGACUUUGUGCUGAAGUGGCACUACGACCUGAAGACCAAGAGCUGUGCCAGGUUCUGGUACGGCGGCUGCGGAGGCAACGAGAACAGAUUCAACACGCAGAAAGAAUGUGAAAAAGCCUGCAGCCCUGGUAACAUCAGCCCUGGUGUGGUGACGACGAUAGGAACAUAGAGCCAGCAACAUGCCAACACAUACCUCUGAGACAGCCAGGAGCAUCAACUGUCGCCACCUUACCCCAAUAGAAGCUAAGGGUAUAGACUACCUUGCACUGCACUAUUUCAUGCUUUUAACUUCGAAAGCAAAGCUUGAAGAAAGGGUUUUGCCGCAUGACCUAUCAAUAUGGUGCUAAACUGUUUGUGGACUGAGUGCUACGUGUGUCCAGGGUAUAUUGUAUAGCUUCAACAUUACAAAAUAUUUACCUAAUUGCAGACUGUUAUUGUGUCUGAACACAUCUCUAAAUUACCCUUUCUUUCCGAUUCCGGCAGUCUGCCUAUCUAAGGCAGCGCAAAAAUUAGCAAAUAAAUAAAUAAAAAUCAUCAUAAUAAUUUCAUUGCAA